AUUUUGCUGAAAGCAGAGUGGAUGCGUUUUUAUCGCAAGAAAAGAUAAUCCUUGAAAACAAAAACAUAAUUUUGUGUAGAUUCUCGGAAGGACCGGUGUCCGUACGUGACCUCAAACAAUCAAGUCGAAAAGAAUGCUUAUGGACCUACCAACAAGUGACCGCGGAAGAAAGGAAGCAGUGCUGUAAACCUGGUAAAAUUUAGCUCUGCAUUUUGCUGGGAGAGGGGAAGUCACGUCCGUCAGACAGAUCAGCAGGAGGAAGCGGCCCGAGUGCUUGACUGCACGCUGUGACUGUUCGUGACAAAAUAAAGAAAGAGUGACAACGAGCCGGGAAAAUCACACGAUAGGUCAAAAUAACACAGCAGAAAACCGAAACUGUGUGAGAUUGCCGUCAUCGUCGUGACACUUUCUACGUUUCCUUUCUUCGUGGGUGCUCGCUAUCAAACGAGACAAAUCUUUUGAGAUUGUUCGUUGUUUUGUUUUCUACGCCGCACACAAACACCACGACGGCACGCGAAAGCAGGACAGGAACGAGAGACUCCCCCGGAUAUAAAUAGUACGCGGGAGCCAGCCGGAUAUUCCGACGAGUCAGGCACCGAGUGGACCGCGGCGGCACGACGACGAUAGCAGCAGUAGGCUCAGACGCCACAGAUCUCCCGGUGGAAUCGUAGGCUUCAGAGAUCGCAGGAUGUCCGGAACGACGGGAAAACGCAAGGAAAUCUAUAAAUAUCUGGCCCCGUGGCCACUGUACUCGAUGAACUGGUCGGUGAGGCCGGAUAAGCGUUUCCGGCUGGCGCUCGGCAGUUUCGUCGAGGAGUAUAACAACAAAGUGCAGAUCAUCAGUCUCGAUGAGGACACGAGCGAGUUUAGCGCGAAGAGCACAUUCGAUCAUCCCUACCCGACGACAAAGAUUAUGUGGAUCCCGGACUCCAAGGGAGUGUUCCCAGAUCUUUUGGCAACGAGUGGAGAUUACCUGCGUGUCUGGCGUGCCGGAGAACCGGACACCCGGCUGGAGUGCGUUCUCAACAAUAACAAAAACAGUGACUUCUGUGCUCCGUUGACUUCGUUCGAUUGGAACGAAGUCGAUCCCAACCUGGUGGGAACCUCUUCCAUUGAUACGACCUGCACUAUUUGGGGCCUGGAAACGGGUCAACCUCUGGGUCGAAUAAACCUCGUUUCUGGCCAUGUCAAGACUCAACUGAUUGCACACGACAAAGAGGUGUACGAUAUUGCAUUUUCCCGAGCCGGAGGUGGACGGGACAUGUUCGCGUCGGUCGGUGCCGAUGGCAGUGUGCGCAUGUUUGACUUACGCCACCUGGAACACUCUACGAUCAUCUAUGAAGAUCCGGCUCACACACCAUUGCUACGGUUGGCCUGGAACAAACAGGAUCCCAACUAUCUGGCCACGGUGGCAAUGGAUUCGUGCGAGGUGAUCAUUCUGGACGUCAGGGUUCCCUGCACUCCGGUGGCCCGGUUGAGCAACCAUAGAGCAUGCGUCAAUGGCAUUGCCUGGGCACCGCACAGUUCCUGUCACAUCUGUACGGCUGGAGAUGAUCACCAGGCACUGAUAUGGGACAUCCAACAGAUGCCACGACCGAUCGAGGACCCAAUUCUGGCGUAUACGGCAGCGGAGGGCGAGGUCAAUCAGAUCCAGUGGGGAGCUACGCAACCGGAUUGGAUUGCCAUUUGCUACAAAACGGCAUGCGAGAUUUUGAGGGUCUAAAAGGGAGCCGCAGUGUUUGUUUUUUUGCUUUAGUUUCUUUUAGCAGAAAAAUUUAGCUUUCUUUUGGUGCAGUGAUUCCUAAUCGAUGGGGUUUGGGAAUCUUUCUAAGGUGAAGGUCUUUUCUUAUUUCCUUAUGCGGAAAUUUGAACAAAUAAUGUUUGAUAACAUUUCGAGUUCCAAGAAUUGGAAUUAAAUUUUCCAAAAAAGAUUCAAUAUUUUUAGCUGCAAGAUAAACAGUUGUUGAGUAUGUACCUUCAAUGUUUUACUCUUUAGACAACUCGACAAUUUCAGUGAUAAUGCAGACUUUUUUUUAAUGAAUAUUCAAAAUUUAAUUUAAACAUGACAUCCAAACCAAGAUACUUUGGAAAAACAAAAUCUGAAACGAAUUGAUUCCCGACAUCGAUCGGACAAACCCAGCCAUUUGAUUACGGAUGAUCACUGCCAACAGUGUACAUAUGAAGACUGAAUUGGUUUUUUUUUUUGGUUACUUCCUUUUAUCCUCUACCGAAGCUUCCGUCGAUUUAUCGUAGCAAUUUUUGCCUUUAGUUUAUAUGUACUUCCUCAGUUAUCUCAACAUGAUGUAAGCGAAAAGGAGUGUGUGUCAUUGUGUAGCGUUUAUUUUUAUUUGUACAUAAUGUUUAAGCAAAUUCAUAACUUAUUCCAUUCGCUAUGUCGUGCUAACCGCGAGAUAAAAACGGCAAACAGACUCUCAAAACAGAAAACCGCAAAUGCGCGAUGCGAAGGUGGUGAUAACUUCGCUUGGCAAUCGUUUUGGUUCUUCCAAACCGCAAAUCAUUUUAUGUUUGCUUCGUAUCCCAGCAUCACACCCCUUACGUUUCCAUAUGUGGGAAAAAAAAACCAGACUCGAUCGAUUCCGAUCCGGCAGACAAGGCAAGCAUUUUAAGCAGUCGGCCUAGUCUCCGUUACAAAACUAAAAACAGCAACUUCGUGUCCAUCGAGAAACGGUCUAACGACGAACGACGUGAUGAGUAAGCCAAAUCGGAUCGGCAUCGAAGUGAUUCGCUUCUCCGGGCCGCUUGAUUUGCCCUAGCCGUGGAAUCACGGCUAGGCACAAACAAUAUAUGCAAUUAAUUUGAUUGAAUGGUAAAUGAUGAGUAACAUUAAAGUAGUGAAUAUACAGUAGUCUUAACAAAGUAGCAAGUAUCUAUAGAAGUAAUAACAAGUGAAAAUAUCGAACUUGAUUAAUAUUAGAAAAAUAGUUCAAAUAUGGAACCUAACUUAUCGAUGCAUUCGAGUAGAAUACAUUUCUAAUAACUUUAUGUUGAAAUGGAUACAUUCUCUACAUAUAUCACAUUUGUAUGAAUAAAGUGGAACACAAUAAAUAUCGGUUAUUGAACCGAA